CUGUCGCGGGGAUUCCCCGAGAUCCUCGUCCUGCUGAGAUUUGGGACCGCGAUUUGCCUGCCCGGAGGCAUUUGCACGGCCGGGGAUCGCGGGGUUGUCAGGGAUUUACCCGCCCAAAAUCGUGAGGAUAUGCUGAGUCCAAAGAGCAACAGACUGACAGAAGCUUUGGAAGAAGCCAAUAAACUGUUUAGUGGAGUUUCCUGUGCACGAGAGGCUGCACUGGAUGCCCAAUUUCUUGUCUUAGCAUCAAAUCUGGGAAAGGAGAAGGCCAAUGAGUUGCGCUCUGAGAUGACAACAUUUGAUUCCCUGGCAUUUGCAGACGACUUGCUAACCUUCAUGGGCAUAAAUCGCAUAGAAAUAGAAGAUAAGGAUAGUGAUUCUGAGGGCGUUUCAAGUGGCUAUUUACCUAGUAAUGCCUGGCAUAAACUGGGAGAAGAAGCAGAGAAAUACUUCAGAAGAGCGCCUACUUUUCACUAUAUGUUGGGAUCUUUCAAGUCUGAUCCUCCUGUAACAAGGCAACGGAUUGAGAGGCAGAAAAAGGCUCGAGGAGGAGAAGAGAAACGGGCAAUGCCUGCUCAGCUAAAGAAAAUGGAGGAGUCUCCUCAGGAAGCUACAGAAAAAGAAGUAGAGAGGAUCUUGGCGUUAUUGCAAACUCAUUCUACAAAUGACCCUGAAACACCCAUUUCCUUCUUUGAGUUUGUGAUUGAUCCAAACUCUUUUGCACGCACAGUGGAAAACAUCUUUCACGUGUCCUUCCUUAUAAGGGAUGGUUUUGCAAGAUUAAAGCUGGAUGAAAAUGAAUUGCCAGUAAUAGAGCCUUCAAAAGACGACGAGAGAAGGAAGGACGACCGUGGUGCUGGAGCACGGAACCAGCUUGUCCUAUCUCUGAGCCAUCAGGAGUGGAAGGAGAUGAUAGACGCGUAUGGAAUAACAGAACCCAUGAUUAGCCCUCCUCAUGGAAAUGAAGAAGACAUGGAGAUAGCUUAA